CACACAGUGUAGACCAUCCAAAACGAGUAAAAGAGUAACAAGGACGAUAAGUCUAUUGCAUAUACAUACACACCUUAAGCAUCUCCCAUAAUUCUUCUUCUUCUUCUUCUUCUUCUUCUUCUGCAAUCUUCUCCUUAAAGGAGCCUAAAACGCCAUUAAAGCCAAACACUUCUUUUAUUUCUCUUCUCUUUGCCCCCCAAAAAAAACAAUAAAUAUCGGAGAGAUAUAGAGAAAAAAAAAAAAAAAAAGAGAGAAAUGUUUAAGUUAUUUCAAUCACCAAAAGUCAUCUACUAAGUUUAAUAUUCUCAGUUCUCCCCUCGGAUUUUUUUCCCUCUCAAAGCCCUAAGUAAACAAAAUUGCGAACCAAAAAGAAAUGGCGACAACAACCACAAGCCUCGGCGUCGGCGCCGGCGCCGACGAUCGGGUCAUGGCUACAGCGCAACAGAUCGUGAAGAGUCUAAACACGAGUAAGAACGUAAGAGAAGAUAUGCUUCUGAUCUUAUCCAGCUUUGACAAUCGUUUAUCAAAUAUAACCGAUUUAAUCAAAGACGAAUCAAAUUCCCAACAGUCGCGGUUAGAUGUCGCUGAAAAGGUUAUUUUCCGUUACGAUUCCUCAUGGGAAGAUUCUCCUGAUCAAGCCGCUGAGUAUCUGACAGCUGUCGAUGAAAUUCUUGAUCUUUUAGAUGAUUUAUCUCUAAGGUCAGAUAACGAGGUCAUUGACCGUGCUGAAAGCGCUGUUCAGGUUGCUAUGUCGAGGUUAGAAGACGAGUUUCGUCAUAUAUUGAUUAGGAACACUGUUCCGCUUGAUGCAGAGAGGUUGUAUGGAUCUAUUAGGAGAGGAGUUUCGCUUUCCUUUGUAUCUUCAGCUGAUGAUAUUGAUGAGGAAUUCGACACUAGUUUCAGUGAGGUUGUUGAUAACGAAGGUCAAAGUACUGGUAGGUAUUUUCACGAGCGCGGUAGGAGUUUGUGUUAUGGUGAAGAUGAUUUCUGUGUGGAUUUGAUUAAUAGUGAAGCUGUUGAGGAUUUGAAAGUGAUUGCAGAACGGAUGAUUCGAUCCAGGUACGAAAAAGAAUGUGUUCAGGUUUAUUGUAAUGUUAGAAGAGAUGCUUUGGAUGAGUGUUUGGUGAUUUUGGGUGUUGAGAAAUUGAGUAUUGAAGAGGUUCAAAAGAUUGAUUGGAAAAGCCUGGAUGAGAAAAUGAAGAAGUGGAUACAGGCCAUUAAGAUUUGUGUCAGGGUUCUUUUGACUGGUGAAAAAAGGCUUUGUGAUCAUAUUUUUAGUGGCUCUGAUUCUGCCAAAGAUGUCUGUUUUAAUGAGACUGCUAAAGGCUGUGUUAUGCAGUUGUUGAAUUUUGGGGAGGCUGUGUCUAUUGCGAGGAGGUCUUCUGAGAAAUUGUUUAGGAUUUUGGAUAUGUUUGAUGCAUUGGCUGGAGUUUUACCGGAUCUGCAGAUGAUGGUAACAGAUGAGUUCGUGUGUAGUGAAGCAAAGGGAGUAUUGGCUGGUUUGGGACUGGCUGCUAAGGGGACUUUCAUGGAGUUUGAGAAUGCCGUGAAGGGUGAGACUUCAAAGAAGCCUAUGCUUAACGGAGAGAUUCAUCCACUUACUCGUUAUGUGAUGAAUUAUGUGAAAUUGCUUGUGGAUUAUAGUGAUACCUUGAAUUCCCUUCUGGAGGAUGAUGAGGAUGAUUCCAAUGAUUUGCAAGAUGAUGAUGCAGAGAAUACAACUCCAAUACAAAGGAGAUUACUGGCCUUAUUAGCAACUUUAGAGUCAAAUCUUGAGGAGAAAUCUAGACUGUAUGAGGAUGGGGCUAUGCAGUAUAUAUUUCUCAUGAAUAAUAUCUUGUACAUAGUGCAGAAGGUUAAGGAUUCAGAUCUUAUCAAGCUUGUGGGAGAUCAGUGGGUUCGCAAACGUCGGGGCCAGAUACGCCAAUAUGCUACAGCUUAUCUAAGGGCCGCUUGGAGUAAGGCCUUGUCUUGCUUGAAGGAUGAAGGGAUUGGAGGAAGCUCCAGUAAUGCCUCCAAAGUAGCUUUGAAGGACAGGUUUAAGAAUUUCAACGCAUGCUUUGAGGAUAUCUAUAGGAUUCAGACUGGUUGGAAAGUACCAGAUCCUCAGCUUCGUGAAGAGCUUCGAAUAUCUAUAUCUGAAAAAGUUCUACCAGCUUACCGUGCAUUUUUGGGAAGGUUUGGGAGUCAGCUAGAGAGUGGAAGGCAUGCAGGGAAGUACAUAAAGUAUACAGCUGAUGAUUUAGAGAAUUAUCUACUGGAUUUGUUUGAAGGGACUCCUCUUGUUCUUCACCACCUGAGAAGAAAAAGCUCAUAGAAUACAGGCUUGUAACAGAGAUAAAAUAACUUGGCAUCAUCAGUUUGUGUUGGAGGUUCCAUAUGAUGGGGCGAUCUAUUGACUAUGUAUGAGAGCACAAAAAAUUGUACCAGCAUGUUGGUUAAAACAGUAAACCCACCCCUCACGGGCGUCUUUCUCCCAUCUGCAACAACAAAGUUAAGGUUCAGAUGGGUUAAUAUGAAGUUCAAAAAUGAUUUGUCCUAGUAUGAAGAAGUUGAAAUGUGAAUCUAGGCAUCUGUUGAUAUGCUGAAGGGACAGAUCUUUUAUUCAGGAGAGCUAAUGUCAAUCUCUGGAAUUUACACUUACUGGAACUGAUUGUUGAAUAACAAAAGAUAAGGCGAGUAAUUCUCUUGGUGGUUGUACUGUGCGCUAUUUGACUGAUCGGAUCCAUUUUGUAAUUGUGGCUUUUUUAUUUUUUUUAUUUUUACCAUCAAUGGUAUUUGCACUUGAUACUUGACAUUGUAACAUCUUUUUCUGCAUUCCAUAGUCUGGAACUGAAAUUGGAGAAUCAUGUGUUUGAGUAUCUGUAAAUCUAUAGAUCACCUCGAGUAUCAUGUGCUUUCUCCGUUUCUUUUUGUAGUUCAUUUGGAAUGUAAACUUAUAUUAUCAAGAUAUGGGAAUGGGAUUAACUGUAGAGGCUUAUUAAGUUAAGAGCUCUACAUAUUUACUUAA